AAAAACAAAACAUAUUAUACAAAAUGGCUCAAGAAGGAAAUGGACAAAAAAUAGAUGUGGCUAAGUCUAAGGAAUACUAUAAUUGGGUGAUGCCAUUGUUGAGGUUAUUGGCAUUUGGUGCAACAAUUUCAGCAACAUUAGUUAUGGCACUUAACAACCAAAAGAAAACUAUUGUUGUUGCCACUAUUGGUACCACUCCUAUUCAAGCUACUCUCAAUGCUAAGUUCCAGCAUACUCCAGCUUUUGUGUUCUUUGUUAUAGCAAACGGACUAGGUAGUCUCCAUAACCUCCUCAUGCUAGCAUUUUGUUUUAUUGGAAAUAAAUAUGAUUACAAGGGACUACGAUUUUAUGUAAUUGGAAUCCUAGACAUGAUAAAUGUGGCAUUAAUCUCUGGUGGAUCAAGUUCAGCAGCAUUUAUGGGACAACUUGGUAGGAAUGGAAAUUCUCAUGCAAGAUGGAAUAAAAUUUGUGAUAAAUUUUAUACAUUUUGUAACCAUGGUGAAGGAGCUAUUAUUGCUUCUUUUAUUGGUUUGCUCUUAAUGAUAAUUACUACUGCAAUUAAUAUAAUUAAGCUUAAAAACGUCAAUAAUUGUGCCAUUAAUAUUCCUUAAUCAAGAAUAUCCUAAUUGUCAUUUCAUUUUUUUUUAUUCAAAAAAAAAAAAAAACUUGUAUGGUUUUCGAUUGUUGUAUUGUAAUGUCCUCUUAAUGUAAUGUUCAUUUUAAUGAAAUUUUCGUAUUGGCUUUAAUGCAUUAACUUUCUCCGUCCG